AUCAGAUAGUCGUUCGCCUAUCGUCAUCAAAUCGUCAUCUCUCGAUCUUAUUGUUCGUCCAGCAAGACGCUAUAAAAAUCGUCGACAUGGAGAACUGUAUUGCAUAAGGCCCACCAAGCCAAUACGGGAAGUGAUUUGUGGCAUUGGAUAACCGCCGACUUUAAUAGAAAUUUUUCAAAAUAUUCGAUGGCUAAACUAGAAACUGGUCAGCAACUGAUAGGUGGUAUCUGUCUGGUUGUUGCCUUGCUUCACGUAACCAAUGCAGAUGACACAGUGUCUUUCAACCUUAGCGCCGAGAGUAACGAAGAUUACGGUUUUGAUGCUUCGUCUGAUAAUGUUUUCGGUGCUGAGGAUGAGAUGUCACAUAUCAUAAAAGACAACGGAAUGCUACAGUUAGUUCUUCAUGAGUUGGCCGUUAACUUGAUCGAAAAACUUCAAUCGGAAGAAAGCACACAAUUGCACGAAAGACAGGUGCAAAUUAUUCAAGAUGAUAUUUUAGACUUCUACAACAAAAUUCUCGACCAUCCAGCACUCAACAACGACCGAAUUGUAUUUGCACAAAGGAAACCAAACUUCAGGCGUAUACUGCCACCAUCGGUUAUCAAAGCAGAAGAGGAGAAGAGUAAACGAUCCAAACGAAGUGCUCAUUUGAAGGAAAUUUGCAGCAGCGUUAGUAAUUGGAAGGAGCUAGACUCCGGAAUGACACGAACACAGAACGAAGUCCGCUUACUGGAGGAUCAAUUUUUUUACGUCACUGAAUGUACAAAUCCGUCAGCAAAAUGUGAAAAUAUUUCUCCAUUAUUUUCUUCAAAAUGCUGGGAGAAGUCUUCCUGGAACAUCGCGUACGUGUGGUCAACGUCAACCAAAAGGUAUAUAUGGGAUUGGAUUGCUGUGAGUACCUGUUGUAGCUGUGCCGCUGCCAAAGAGAAUUAGAUCUGUCCCCGGUUGUCUGUCUCUGGUGGUCUGUCCUCUGAUCUGUCAUCUCAAUAGGAACGUAAACCUACUGUUUUCUGAAUGGCUUAUGUUUUCAAAUUCAAGACAAUGUAGUUUUGCCUGUUAACAAAUACCAAAUUUAUAUAUCAUUAUUGGAAUGCGGAGUUGCGCAUAAUGUCCUUGAACUUUUUAAUGAAACACCAGGACAUGUUUUUUUAAAUUUAAGAUUUUGAAUAUAAAGCAAAACUUCAUUAAUAAAUUUAAUAGGCCUAUUAUUAAUGUGCGUUAAUGACAUAAUAAUCUAAGUAAGCAUAUUAUUAUUAUUA